CACAAUCAUAUGUUCGGUGGACAUUGUUCCAGCCGAACGCCGAUUUUGUGCCAUGGAAAAGGCUCCAAGUCUACCACAAGAGAGGUACAAGAUGUGCAACAUCUUGUGCAAGCCUCGCAAUGGGUGGACCGUGCAAAGCUUUUGCAAUGCAAACUACUCUGCAAUUUGCACACAGAAUUGGAGGCGAAGACUGCACGAAACUGCUCAUGAGAUUGCGAAAGACCAUGUGUGCCGUUCUUUGGUGCCUUUUGUGUUUUAUGUUCCAUGCCCUGUUUCAGGGUGGGGUGUGUGAGAGUGAGAGCAGUUUGGGGAGAUGCCGUUGGUUUCUACAUGUUUCUACUGCGCCAUUCACGUACAUGCAUGUCGACCUCGGUGCCGAACUGGGUAAUUGCCCGCGCAGGUUAGGCCACAAGCAGACAAAAUGUGUCUCUCCAUACGCUGAAUUCAAAGAGAAAGUCUUUCUGGAGACUGCGACCGUGGUGGACUCCACCGUCUCCACCCGUGGCCAAGAGUCGCGACCCGAGGUGGAUUCCACAACGCGUUCCUUUUGCUUCAAACAGUGCCAGACUGUGUUGGAGCGCGAGAAGGAGUGGCGCUUGGAAGAGGUUUGGGACCUCUGUCGAAAUCACCUUUCCAUGUGAGCGAAGGGCCAGUCGCCUGGAUCCGAGCAUAGGGGUCGACGACCACGAGGCCCCAGAACUCUAAGCUUCUAAGCCUAUAGCUCAAAGCUUGUGAGGGAUUCGGUGAUCAGCUUGUGGUUUCCCAGACUGGUUUGUUUGGCAAUUUUUGGGCCAACCUGCCCCCAUCAGAUCCUCAGAGAGGAUCGGAGGCUUAAGCUGGCCUCACGAAGGGUCAGCUCCGGUCCUGACGGUGAGGACCAGUCCUGUGAAACAGGGAUGCUCCCAGAUGUUCG